AUGAAUGUUGAUAUGGGAGAGACUGUUGGGGAUGACAGGAAUGACUCUUUUAGUGAUCUUGACCUCUCAGGUUUCGAUCAUGAUGAUAUUGAUGUUUCCUUAGCUAGAAGUGAAAAUGUAGUGUCACAUGAGAACCUUGAUAGCAUUUUCAACAAUGUCGAUGACGUUGUUCCUCCAACAACUGAGACUACAAAGUCAAGUGAAACUUUUGAAACUGAGACUCCAACAUCAGGGAAAAUGGUGACUGCUUCAAUUCAUAUGGAGAUAGUUAUAGGAUGUUCCCCUCCUGUAUCUGUUUCUCCUACUACUGAACCGUUUGCGAGUGUCUUUACUCUAGAGUCUGACCAACCUCCGUCUAAGAGGGAAAGAAGAGAUGUGAGACAAUCCGAGCUGAUAGCAAGUUUAAUUAGAGGCUUUCCAUCACCACCUGUUACUGCUGCUACCACCAGACUUACAACAACUAAGAUGUUUCCAACAAGUUUAAGCUCGGCGUUUAAUGUCGGAGGUCCCUCUGUUCCACCUGGCUUUACAAUUCCAAGAUAUAAUCGUGAUGAUGCAUCUGAGAGGUUGGCUUUGCACAUGGCUGAAGAACAACUUCUAACGCCAAAUCCUCUAGGAAAGGCUAUUUCUAUUGAAGAAGGUGGUUAUAGGGGUGAUAAUUUAACCCUUUCUGGUUUGCAAAAGGAAAUUUCAGUUCUAAGCCAAAAGAAUAUUGAGUUGGACAUUCAAGUGACGGAACUUCGUGCUGAAAAUGCCAAGCUUACUAGUCAAGUCUCCGAGUUGCAAUUUGAUAAAUCAAGUCUUCGAGUGAAAGUGGCUGAACUCACAAAAGAUAAAAAGUUGAAGUCCAAGCAGAUCUCUGACUUACAAGAUCAUUUCAACCUGCUAACUUCAAGAUAUUUUGAACUGAAGAAGUACCUCGAGGAAGACCUUGGGGACAAGUAUCAAACAUCUGUUGAAGAACGAAGGAUCAAUCUUCAUGUGCAAGCUUUUCCAGUUGAUUUGCCUGUCGGUCAAUCAUCUGGUACUGCUAGUUGUGGUAAUGAUGCACCACCUCUAGCUCCACAUAGUUGUCUCGAGCUCCCUUCAUAA